UCGUUGUCUUUGAUAGCCUCCUCCUCCUUGACCUCCACGGUGGCGGCUACCUCAGCGGCGGCCUCAGUAUCUGUGACACCGACCCUUCCCAGCACAGGGUCCACUGAUCUCCCUGCCCCGGAGUCCAACCUCACGCUGCUGUACGUCGCCGUCGGCCACGGCAUCCAGAACUACACCUGCGCCGACGACAGCACCGCCACAGCCGUCAACACAGGCGCCCUCGCCGUCCUCUACGACGUGACGAGCCUCUACCCAGGCCUGUCCAGCACAAGCAUGUCCAGCACGUCGUGGGCCAACAUGACCUCCGCCGUGCUCUGGGAUCAGGCCAUCCCGCUCAACCUCGUCGACCCGGCCGCAGGUGACGCCGUCGUCGCCAAGCAGGACGACACCACGUACCCGGAGUCGUCCUACAACGCCGACAGCGCCGACCCGUUCCCCUCGCCCGCCGCGGCCCUCGACCUCUCCGAAGACGGCCUCUCGGCGUCCUACCUGGGCCACCACUACUUCGACAGCGAGUCCUCGCCCACCUUCAACCUGGCCGGCGCCGCCACGGCAGGCCUGUUCUUCAGCGCCAAGAAGGUGGGCGACGUGGCCGCGCCCACCACGGCCGACUCGGGCUUGCUGGACACCAAGGCCGUCGACUGGCUGGAGCUGGCGGACAGCGGACGAGGCCUGAGUGUGGGCAUCUCGAACGUGUACCGCGUCGUCACGGCCGGUGGUGGAGCUGAGGCGUGUAGUGUGAGCGGGGCAAGUGGGAACGGGACCUUUAGUGUGCCGUACACUGCGCAGUAUUGGUUCUAU